AUGAAAAUCAGUCUUACUUCACCUAGAGGGAGAAAGCCAAUAAAUAACACCGUUCUAAGUAAGAGACGGAAAGCACUCACUGUGAUGAAGAGUUACGUACAGACUACACAGAGGCAACUAAUGGUCGUCUACCCAAGGAAAAGACUACAAUGCCACAAGCAAGAGAGAAAAGAAAAUGCAUUCUCACUAUCAGUGCCAUCAAGAUCGGGAAGUAUCUUAGCCGACGGUGCGGUUAGAAAAGAGUUACAUACCCCAUCAAAGUAUACGGUUCAGCUGGAAACUAGUCACCCUUCAAACUUCCUUGACGAGAGAAGGCUAGGUCAAUUAUAUCGAGCCAGAGCUAAUCCGGUCGGGGAAGUUGGACUCACCGGGCCUAUCAGACUAGAGCUUUUCCUUGCUUAA